CUAAACACGACCAAAGCGAAACAAUAAAUUAACUGAUUCAGUUCGUUGACUGUAGCACUUGUUGUUCAUUUUGUUUUGACAAAAUUCAUUUGUUUAACUUAUAAAAUGAAACCGCGAUGAAGAAAAGGUGCCUCAUCAUUCAAACAUUUGUGUUAAUCUUAUGUUUUUGGAGUGAAAUAUACGGCAUGGACAUCAGUCAGAAAUAUUUUUCUGAUGUUUCAAUCAUCUGCAACGAGACUUCAUUUCAAAACACAUCAGAACGCAACAAUGAUGACCCAGUCGUAAUGAACAGGAUAUGGCUUUUGCCAAAUGGUGACAUCAUUCGGACAGCUCCAAAUUCGGACAGUCUGGCAAAAGUGCAUGUGUCACAGUUAAAUGAUACAUCUGUUCUCCAUAUCAGAAAGAUAGAUGACGUAGACUUUGGUGUAUACUGGUGUAUUCAAGUAUGGAACGACUCAAGCAUAAGUGUGGUAAAACACACUGUUAACAUAGAUGGUCCACCAAUGCACGAGUUUUACGAGCAGCAGAAGAAGAAUGCAAUAGUUGGUGCAAUAUCAGCUGGGGUUGUUUUAGGGAUUAUAUUACUGGUAUAUAUUGUCUGGUAUUUUCAGUGUAGUGAAAAGAUGAAAAGAAAACGUAGAUUAACUGACGACUUAGCGAAGGGAAUUAAUAGAUAUAGCACACAAAUUUACGACAACGUAGGGAUGGAACUGUACGUCAAAAGGACGGACAAGUAGAGAAAUUUGACACACAGUAUAUCGUUUGGUUGAUUCGUUUUAUAGAGAGGCGCUCUCAUUAUUCUUUUUAUAUUAAUAUUGACUUAGUAUUAAUGACUAUAACAUGACUGAAAAAACACUAUUUUGAACUCAUAACUACUUUACACAUAUGCUUCGCAUUGUCAUACAGAAAUUGUGGUACCAUUUGUCUAGCUGGUAAAAUGUAGCUUAUAUAUAAAGAGUUGAACUCAACGUACCCGGUGACCCGUCUGAGUGCGUUGAAAAUCGCAA